GUAAGACAAGGGUCUGGCUGUGUGAUGUUGGUGUGUGUGUUAAUUCCAGGGGAUCACAGCCUGGGGUGUGUUUCAGGCGCUCACACCCAUGUCCCUUCCCAGCGCCCCGGGGCGGGCAGGUGCCCCAUAAGAUGCCGUGUUCUGGCCUCGGUGCUGGCACUGAAGCAGCUGCCCCUGCCCCCGUUCAUUGGGCCGGGCCCUGCACACCUCAGGUGCCCCCCCCCGCUGGUCACAACAAAUGGUCCAAGGAGAAGCACAUCAAGGGCCUGCGGGACGCCGAGCGCAGCCGGCUCUUCCAGAAGCUCGCCAUGCUGCUGCGCUUUGCCCGCAAAGCAGGGGGACCCAACCCUGAUUUCAACACCAACCUGGCCAACCUCACUGAGCAGUGCCGGAGCAUGGUCUUGACCAAAGCAUCCACUGAGGUGGCCAUCAAGGGAAGGGCUGGGUGUUGGAGUGCGUCGGACCCAGGACCUACUGCCCCCAGACCUGGUGAUGGCCCGAAGGGAGGAACGCUGGAUCGUGCUGUAGCUGGACUUGGAGCCAACGGCAGGGGUACGGCCAGGAACCCUGGAUGCGACAGGCUCUGUCCCAGUCUCUCACACAGAUAUAUCCCUCAGCCAGCCCAGCUCAGGGAGCAGUGGGAACAGGUCAUCUCAUCCUGUCAAACCAAGCAACAUGGGUCCCAUUGAGGCUCAGAUGGAAGAUCCCAUGCACCUCCUGGAGAGGAUGUGUCCAGGAUCCUGGAGACUGUUUCCUGCUGCUGGAGGUUUGAGCAGGGAGAGAUCACUCACUGUCACGACCCAGGGGCCUUCAACCCGGGUCUGCAGGGUUCAUGGGAGCAGCCACACUCCAACCCUCCACCCAGAAGCCUGCUGAAAAUUGCUUACCUAGGACCCAUGAAGUUCAGCCCCAGUUUGAGGCUCCACUCCUGAGGUCAUAUUGGGGAGUCCCAGAAAAGCUAAUUGGCCCCCUGGCCCUGCUUAAGACAGCAGCGGGAACAGGAAGCUGACUGAACACCAGGGCUGCUCCCUGUUCUGGACCGUGUGGUGCCUGUUUCUGCUGCCGCUCCCCUGGCUUGGUUUCCUGGCAUCUGAUUUGUGGUUGUGAUCGCAAGUUUGUCUUUUGCUGCUGAUCUUCCAGUACCCUGACCCAGCUGACUCUUGACUCCUGUCAUGGGAGUUUGGACCCUGGCUCUGACCAGUAGACCUGGCUGCCCUUGACCCAGCUGUGACCUUGACCUUUGUACAAUUUCUCCAAUGCCCUUUUCUGCUCUCCAGCAAGAUACACCAGUCCCUUGGCUCCCAAAGUCCUAGUUGCCCGCUAUUCAAGGGCUGAGGAGUAGUGCUUGUAUUACCCCCACCCCCACCUCAGCUACUUUUCCGAUGGGAAUCUCCCUAGAGCAGAGGAGAAAUCUGCCCUUCUCCUAGGAUCAGUCCCAGCAGUAAUUCCACCCACCCUGGCCUCAGCUCAGCUACUUUGUUCACCUGGGGUCAGGGACCACUUUUGAAGCCCUUAGCGUGUGGGUGGAGGUGGGAGCAGAGGUUGAAGCUCGAGCAGUUUCCACCAAAGAGCACCACCCUCUCUUUCUAUGGUCUGGCUUGGGCUCACCAUCCAUCUUGGAGCUGAACACCAGAUGGGAGCUGAUAGAUUGUCCUUGGCGGGCAGUGUUCUGUGUGUGAUGGAGCUGUGUGCCAGAGAGGGCCAGGAGCAGAUGCACCACGCCUGGCAGGACCGGGCUAAACAGCCUGUAAUGCUAGGUGAGUCAAACCACGGCCACAAUACAGACACCCUGGGCAUCCAUGGAAUCUGGGCCCUUCACUACCAAGAGCACAACUCAUUCCAACUUGAGUCACGACAGGGGUGACCCCUGCCAGCCCCUCUGAGGUGGGUCAGUAUUAUCCCUGUUAGCUGGGGCAUAGGGAUA